UUUAAAUUAGUUUUAAUUAUUACAACAAUAACUAAAAAUGAACGUGGAUGAAACACAACGAUUAUUUUAUGAUCACAUCAAUUCAUUUUAUAGUGAUCUUGAUUUAUCGGAAAAACUCAUCAAGCUACUGCGGACACACCCAUGUAAUUAUAAGCUAGAUAAUAUACUGUCAAUUAGGAGAGCAGAUGUUGAGGAGAAUAAACGGGAAAUAUUGCUACAGUUCUCGCAACCGCACCACCACCUCCACGAAUUAGCGGACAUAUUGGAGAAGUCGGGUCAACCCCAAGUUGCCGACCAGUUGCGUAAUUUCGAUGAUAAAGAAAAACAAUGGAUAAAGGGCGAGGUAAUACACUUGCAAAACCUUCGAUCGCCAUACGUGGUCGAGUACUACGACAGUUGGGUAGAGGGCAACACCUUUUACAUAAAAAUGGAGUUGUGUUCGGAUAGUCUUUCAAAUAUUCUCAGACUUAAGCCGCAAUACUUCUCGAGACAAUUGGGAGAACCCAUGGAUUUAUUCGAGUACUUCAUUUCGUGCGAAAUAUUUAAAGAGAUCUUAGAAUGCGUUCAGUAUUUACACGGAUUGUCAUUAAUUCACAGAGACCUCAAACCCGACAAUAUACUGAUCGACCCAGCAAUAUUCUGUGAACAACCCUGA